AUGCCAGGAUCUACGCCAGAGACUCCCAUUAACUGUGACGUGGACUUCGACUCUAGCAACGUCGCGGGAAAGACUGCUGUUGUUACAGGAGGUGCCAAUGGACUUGGAGAAGCUUAUGUUCGGGCACUUCAUGCCGCAAAGGCCAAUGUCUUCAUUGGCGACAUGAACCAGGAAGAUGGAGGGAAGCUCGCAUCAGAACUGACAGGCACUCAAUUCAUCAAAUGCGACGUUACCAAAUGGGAAGAUCAAUUGCGCCUCUUCCAGGAAGCAGAAGCAAAAGCAGGCAAGAUCCACUACGUCGUCGCAAAUGCUGGAAUCGCCAGCAACGACGAUGUUUUCUCGUUCGACGGUCCAGACUCAACGCCGACAGAACCCAGGUUAAACAUAAUCGACGUUAACAUGCGCGGUGUUCUUUAUACGGUCAAGCUCGCCAUGCACUAUUUCAUUAAGCUCAACGGCAAGACCCCGUCACCGAGCCAGGUAGAUACAUGUCUCAUCUUGAUCGGCUCCGGAGCCGCAUUUCUUGAUGUUCCCCGCGGACCUCAAUACUCGGGUACGAAAUGGGGUAUACGCGGAGUCAUGCAUUCCUUGCGAAGGACAGCACAUUUCUACGGCAGCCGUGUAAACAUGCUAUCACCAUGGUACGGUACCCUCACCCCCUCUCUCACGCCGCAUGAUCCUAACUGGUCGAGGUAUGUCCGCACCAAAAUCCUCACCGAAGCGAGCUUCGAUCACGUCGAGAACUGCGGCGUACAAAUGGCUACAACACAAGAUGCAGGACAGGCUCUUCUACGCUUGCUCAGCGACACUAGCAUCAAUGGUCGGUCGCUGUUUAUUUCUCCACGGAAGUGGGCACCGAGAGGGUAUCUUGACCUGAAUGUUGAUGAGUACCCUGGAAACGAUUUGGUGGAAGAGAUUCAGGCGGAUCAACUUCGAUCUGCGCCUGUUGAUCUGAGACUGUUUAUCGAGAAAGGAUCGAAGUAUACUAUGCAAAGGUAG